UAUGCUCUCCUCUUCCUUGAGUUCCCUUUUCUCUAUACCAUUGAAUUAAUAAACUCAGAGGAUUUGGACGGGAUUCGAGCCUGUCUUCACAAGGCAUUGAAACUCACUUGCAGGGGUGCGCAUGCAUCUGACGGAGCUCUGGCAGAGCACUCUGAAGAAACCCAGAAAGAGGAGGCCUGGUUGAACGUCCUUCUGGCCUCAGGAGCAGUGUCGGGGACUGCGUUAGCAAAUGGCCUGGGCAACAGCCUACCAGCAGUAACAGGAGUUGGAAACGUUUUCUCCCAACAGCCUAGAGCCACGCCAGAGGUGUUGCAUGCACCUGUCUUUGCGCAGCCCAAUGAGGCAGCUCUGAAACAGGUCAUGUCUUUUCAAUUUACACCUGAGGUUGCCCAAAUGCCUCCGCUGGGUCUACCUGGAAUUGGGGUCUCACCGGAGGUCUUUGCACCUUUACAGAACAGCGCUGCCGCUUGA